AUGACUGCUCCUGAAUCAAUUUCGGAGAAAUUGAAUCAUUUCGGAGAGCGUCUCCAAACUCUUGAUAAACAUGCUGAAAAUCAGCGUCAACUUUUAAUCAGCAACACAGAGUUUAAUACUACAUCUGUGAAAAAUGAUCUCGAAGAAGACUUAAGACAAAUCGAAAGCUCAAUUGUUUACUUAUCUAAGAUUUGCUUAAAGAAUAUGGUUAAUUCAAAUGAAAAACUUACGGAAAUGGAAACUGAUUUGCAACAUAUCGAUGGUAGCUUACAAGCCAUCCGCGCAAAUGCAGGCAGACAGUUAUUAACAUCCGCGACCUCUCUCAAAGAAAACUCAAAAAUCGAUGAUCAAUUCUUACCGCCAUCAAUCCCUCUUCCAAUCAACUAUCCAAAGAACAAAUUCCAGAUCAAUCUUGGAGUCAUAUCCCGUGUUGGCAGAAAUAUCGAUGAAACUGCUGAUGCAGGCGCAGAGAACAUGAAACCUUUAAUUCUUAAGGUUGAUCCAGGUUCACCACAGCCAAGCUUCUGGAAUCGCACUACAGAUUUCUUCUUACCAGUCACAUCGGCUUCUAAAGAAGAAAUCGCAACUUCAUUCUCAGAUUACUACGGCUUCGAUCCAAUUGAUGCUAACGAUGAGCUCAACAAGAUUACAGGUGCCCAGAGCUCCGCGUUCAUGGAUGACGAUGUCAGUAAAGUUAAUCCAGGCGAUGAAUAUUUGUUGCAGAGCCUUGCUCCAGGAGCCUUACCACAACCAUCCUCAUUCAAUACAUCAGAAUUGAACGACAUUGCUCCUACUACGCUUCCUCCACCACCACCUGUCGCUGCAGCCGCACCUCCACCACCUCCAGCCCCAGGAGCUGCUCCGCCACCACCAAAGCCAGCAGCUGCUCCUCCUGCGGCCAAACCUGCACCUCCAAAACCAGCUGCAAGACCUCCACCGCCAGCAGCCAAACCAACACCUCCUCCACCGGCCGCAAAGCCAGCACCUCCACCUCCAAGGGCUGCAGCUCCUCCGCCACCACCUCCACCAGCUGCUGCAGCUCCUCCACCACCACCGCCUCCAAUGGCUGCACCUCCACCUCCUCCACCGCCUUCCAAGUCGAAAUCAGGCGGCGGACUCGUGAAGCCAACAGAUGACGCUCUUCAGGCGAUGAUUGAGAAGAGAAAGAAGACGGCAAAGAAAGUUACACCUCCAGAGCCAAAGUUGAACUUCCAGGGAGGUGGCGGUGGCGGUGGCGCUGCUGCAGCUGCCCCUGCUGCUGGAGGAGGAGCUCCUCCACCUCCAAGAAUGGGAGGAGGCGAUAUGAUGUCCGAUCUUGCCGCUGCUUUAGCCAGGAGAGGUAGGAAAGGAUAA